GUUUCCGCGGCGGGGGUGAGGGCGGCGCCGGCGCCAAAAUCAAACCCGCGCCUCCGCCUCCGCCUGCCGCUUCUCCCGCCCGGAGCGCCCCUGCACCGAGCCAUGUCAAAGAAAAAGGGACUGAGUGCAGAAGAGAAGAGAACUCGUAUGAUGGAGAUCUUUUUUGAGACAAAAGAUGUAUUUCAGUUGAAAGAUAUGGAGAAGAUUGCUCCCAGAGAGAAAGGAAUUACUGCUAUGUCAGUGAAGGAAGUCCUUCAAAGCCUAGUCGAUGAUGGCAUGGUGGACUCUGAGAGGAUUGGGACUUCUAAUUAUUUCUGGGCUUUUCCAAGCAAAGCAUUACAUUUAAGGAAACGAAAGCUGGAGACAUUGUCAACUCAGUUUUCAGAGGGUAAUCAGAAGAAAGAGAACUUACAACAAAGCAUCAAGAAAGCCAAAAUUGGCCGGCAAGAUACGGAAGAACGUGCCUCACUCUCAAAAGAGCUCACUUCCCUCCGGCAGCAGAAGGAGCAGCUAAAGGCUGAAUUAGAAAAAUACAAAGAAUGUGAUCCUGAAGUUGUAGAAGAAAUACGGCAAGCAAAUAAAGUAGCCAAGGAUGCUGCUAACAGAUGGACUGAUAACAUAUUUGCUAUAAAAUCUUGGGCCAAAAGGAAAUUUGGAUUUGAAGAAAGUAAAAUUGAUAAAAAUUUUGGAAUUCCAGAAGACUUUGACUAUAUAGACUAAAACAUCCAGUAGCAGUCCUAGAUCACUUGGGUGUAUAUAUGUAUAUUAAUAUUGUCCUUCCAAGAUUAUUAAAAUGUCAUAUAAUUGCAACUGUGUUUUUUAAGAUUUGAAUUCCUUCAA